GGAGCCCCGCUACUGUCCGCACUGUUGCACACCCUCCACUCUCGCUUCAGUUCAUUUACAGCGGCUCUCCCGACCGGCCUCACCAGACAUUGCUCGCAUGGCGACCCUUGAUCCACUGGACGGCCAAUUGUCUGAAGAGGUUGCCCGAGUCGCUGUUGAGGACACUGAUCCUAGUGUCCCUUCAGAAAAGAUUGAAAAAUAUCCUAUUCAAGCUACAGAUUGCAGUGUUUCCAUUAAAGGUUCUUCAGAUCUCCCGGUACAAGAUACAGCAACAGUUAACCUGGAGCGUUUAAUUGCACAGCCUUGGACGACAAGACGGCCAGGAGAUAACGAGAGUCAACACAUUGAAGGAAAUUGUUUAUCAGAAGAAGAUGUGAAAGACAGUAAUUCAUGCACAUAUUGUUUAGAAACCACAUGCAGAAAGUCAUUGUUAACUUCAACAUGCAUCACUCCAUCUCCUUGCAUUGGUGACAUGAUGAACGAUGAAGAUCUGUUGUACACACUGAGGUUAAAGCUGGAUCCACUGCACCCAACCAUCAAAAACUGGAGGAACUUUGCCAGCAAAUGGGGCAUGACCUAUGACGAACUCUGCUUUUUGGAACAGAAACAGCAAAGUCCAACCUUAGAGUUUUUGCUGAAGAACAGUGACCGAACUGUAGCGCAGCUAAUUGACCUGUGCAAGUUUUACAAAAGGGUGGAUAUUCUGAAAGUGCUGGAAGCGUGGGUAGAGAAAGAGUGGCCUAAACAGUGGCAUUCAAAAUAAACAAAGUUAAAAGAAGUUCAGAAUUUAUAUUCAUAAUUUCCUGUUGUCAUCAUUUUACUUCGGGAAAGUUCCAUUUUUUCUUCUGUCAUUUUGUGUCAAACACUUAGAGAUGGAGCUUAGAUGUCUUGGUGUUUACUCUUUACUGUUCAGUGCUAAACAUUUAAAGGAAAUAUAUAAAGUAAUAGGAAGCAAUAGGAAAGCUGAAAGAAUUGUGAUAAUUUGUGUGUCUAUUUAUUCCUCUGCCUUUCUAUUCUAUACCUGUUAAAAAAUGUAGCUCAUUUUAAAUUGGAAACAUCAGGACAAUCCAAACCUACUGAAUUUCUGGUAAGACUGAAUGUAUUUGUUUGUUCGGGUCUUAGAAACUUUAGGAAUAUUUUUUAAUCUUAAUAGAUUCAAGUAUUAUUUUUCCAGUUAUAACUUUGUUUUGCUGCUUGUUUCAAACUGUAAUGUAAAAGACUGGGAGUAAAUAUUUGCUUGCAUUUUGCAUCAAUGCAUAGUGAUUUUGGAGUGCAUCAAGACAAUUCGUUAACACAAAGUUAAAAGCCAUCAGAGGGAUUCUUGAUACAUCUACACAUUUUACAUCUGAAUUCACUGAAAGCAGGAUGGUUGCGAAGAUUCUGUGUACUUGUUGCAAAAAGUAUAGCAGAACUCCGUAAUGUGUAGUAGCCCUUCAAUACUUUCAAUUUUCAGUUAUCAUGAAUCACCUGGUUGGUUUAGGAAACAUAUUGCAACUCAUAUUUUCAGAAACAUUUAUGUGAAAUCAUAAAUCAAUGAGUUCAGAACAAAUGUUGAAUAAGAAAGCAUUAUAUUAUCCACAUAAGAAUGUACAGGUAAAGUGCAGUCAUCAUAUUAAAACAGUUACAAAAUCAAGCAAAUUAUCCCAAUGCAGAGUUAAUAUAUUCCGAUAAAUAUCCUUGUAACGUGGUUCCUUCAAUAAAACAGGAGUCUUUUAUGUUAGAAUAAAACAAUAACAUUUAAUACAUAGGCUUGACUAUUCAAGAAUCACAAUAUAUUUCAAAUUUACAUUCAAAUUUCAAAGAAACUAUUUUAUACAUUGAAUUUGAUAUUGAAGAAUUAAGAAAACCCUGUACAAUCCUGGUCUAUAAAUAUAUACCUCUAUUUUAAGUAAAUAUCUUUAGCUUAUCCCUAUGUGUUACUACCUGGUAUGAACAUUUCCAUUACAUGUAAGUUUGAAGUGAAGCUUUAUUCAAAGAUGACAAUUAAAUAUGAGAUGCGUAUAA